CCGAUCUGUUUAGUAAACAAACAGAGACGCCUAAGCCUCUUUUCCUUGUUCAUCUAACUAAAACAAACAGUAACAAAUCCCUCGCUCAUGCCAGCUUCUGCAACAUUAGGCCCUCUCUCUCUCUCUCUCUCUGGUAAACCCUCUACGAUCACGAAGAAUUUGUGAAGUGGGUUUUUUUGGUUUUGAGGGCUGUGGAGUGAGGAUGGUGUUGGUGUUGGCUUUGGGGGAUUUACACGUACCCCAUAGGGCACCUGAUCUGCCUGCAAAGUUUAAGUCCAUGCUUGUUCCUGGCAAGAUCCAGCAUAUUAUUUGCACUGGAAAUCUUUGUAUCAAAGAGGUUCAUGACUACUUGAAGACUCUUUGUCCAGAUUUGCAUAUUACUCGAGGUGAGUAUGAUGAAGAGACACGAUAUCCGGAGACCAAGACAUUAACUAUCGGUCAAUUUAAGUUAGGAUUAUGCCAUGGUCAUCAGGUUAUUCCAUGGGGUGACCUAGACUCACUAGCAAUGCUACAGAGGCAGUUGGAUGUGGAUAUCCUCGUAACUGGUCACACCCAUCAAUUCACUGCCUACAAACAUGAGGGUGGUGUUGUUAUAAACCCAGGGUCUGCAACUGGUGCUUACAGCAGCAUCACCUAUGAUGUUAACCCAAGUUUCGUUCUCAUGGAUAUUGACGGUCUGCGUGUUGUGGUCUACGUAUAUGAACUCAUUGAUGGAGAGGUGAAGGUUGACAAGAUUGAUUUCAAGAAGACAACAACCACUACUCACCCUGCUCAUUGAACAAUUGUUGACUCGUUUGUUUAACAGACUUAGGAAUUCCUCCAUAUUUCAUGUUUUUGAUGCAUGUGAUCCACAUUAUUUUAUAUUUGGGUUAGAGUUGGAAACUUGCUAUAAAGUUCAUAGUGAUGGCCACAUGAAUAAUUUUGAUAUUGACUUCUUUUUUUUCUCUCUUUUAAAUCAAUCAAGUUGUGCUAUAAA